AUUCUUGAAAAAAAACCAUCGAUCCACGAAUUAUAAGUAAUCAGAAACCAGAACAAAACCUCUCCUUUUUUUGUGUGUGUUUCAUGAGAUGCGUUUACGUUGGCAAGUACGAUCAAUGUUCGGUACCUUCCGUACACAAGUGACUCACAGAACAACCACAAAAGUCUUAGUUCUGAGAUACCGAUUUUGAUAUUUCGACCUAGGGGUGUGAAACCGCUCCGUUCGGGUCGACCCAGCCCGAGCCCGAGACCGAGACAAGUCCGAGGAUUUACGGACUAGCCCUAAACAUAAAUGGGUCUAAAAUCUCUGACCCAAAACUCGGCACUAUGGACUUUUGUGUAGGGCCAUGUUUCGAAUUUGAACAUUUAAAAAAAAAAAUUCAACCGAAAAAUCCUUGAACCCAAACACCACCUAACCAGAAUCCCAUCUAAACCGGGCACGACCAGACCAAAAACAAAAACCAAAAAAAAAAAUACAAAGGAAAAGAAUAAGGGGACCCACUGGUAUAGCCUUUUUUUUUGUCUUCCAAUCCUUUUGAGGCCCCAUUGGCAAUAAAACGUUUGAGAGCAUAUAAUAUCAUCAGAAAAGCAAAGGUCAGGGUUCUAGGCAAAGUAACAAAACAUGAGUGGCUCUCUUUUCUUAUCCCCUACGAGACACACACACAUUUCUCAUUCUGCAUUUCACAUAUAUAUGUAUAUAUAUGUGUAUAUAUAUCAGCAUUACCCUUACCCUCACCAUGAUAUCAAGAACAAGAAGCAGCCAAUGGAAAAGCCUGAACAACGAUCGAUAGAACCGUGGAAACAAGAACUGGAGAUUCCCGAGCUCUUGCUAUGUAACGAAGGAGUGAAGAAAGUGCAUAAGAGUAUUCAGAAUGAGUGGGAUUACCUCCAACAGUCGGCUUGCCAAACCGCUGCAGGGAGGGCCCUGUGGAAGCACGUGAUCCACGACCCCCUCGCCCAUUUGUUUGCGGGCGAGACCCAUUUGCGUAACCUUCACGAGAAGAUCAAGAAAGAUUUGCUCAGCAAUGCCCGAGAAGUCUCCGGGGUGAUUCUCGCCAUCCGGACCCUCUGGUUCGACUCGGGGAUUCAAGCUGCUCUCCAGUCCUUCCAUGGCGGAGCAGCUCAAGUUGUUCUUCUCGGUGCAGGGAUGGAUGCGAGAUCAUACCGACUAACCUGCUUGAGCGAAAGUGACGUCUUCGAAGUGGACUUUGCGGAUGUCUUGCAAGCCAAAACAACUCUAAUCGAAGCUGCAAUGAAUUCCAAAGAUCAGAUUAGGAUGACAGCUAAAUCCCUCGUCAGAGUGGUAGCCGAUAUCAGAGAAAGUGACUGGUUUGAAAAGCUUCAGUUAUCAGGUUUUGAGCCAGAGAAGAACACAAUAUGGGUUCUAGAGGGUAUACUCUAUUACCUGUCACACACCCAGGCCAUGCAAGUGCUGAAGCUCGUGGCCGAGAAAUGUGGGCUGACUAACACGGUUCUUCUAGCCGAUUUUAUGAACAAACCAUCAGCCACACUCCCCAACUCUGUGUUCCACUUUUACAGUGACUGGCCUGAUCAUCUCUUGCCAUCUCUAGGAUUUUCCCAUGUCAGGCUUUCGCAAAUCGGUGAUCCAGAUGCAAAUUUCGGGCUGCUCCCUGAUCCACUGAAUCUGUUCAACAAGCUUCUUCGCUUGCCAAGGUCUGCUCAGACGCACCCAGAUGAUGGAACACCAUGUUGCCGCUUGUAUUUGGUGGAGGCUUCUGGUUCACCGGCUCAGAUUAUUCCUUAAGAGUAUCAUCUGAGCAUGAAUGCUCAAUCCAGAGAUGCAACAUGGCAUGCUUUUGGAGAACAGUUCGGCUAUAAACCUGCAGUUGCAACAAUGAUUUAUGAGCCUUUUAGUCAGUAGUAAUCACGAGGAAGGUGAUCGACCAUUCAAUGAUGUAUAAUUCUAAAACAAUAGCUGGACGAUAUCGUUAUCGGAUACCACUGAAAAAAUUAUUACAAUCCGCAUAAGCUUUUUUCAUUAAUGAAGCCUCAUCAUCCCUUGUUUA